GUCCACCAACCGAUUCAAUUCAAGCACCGUACACGAUGUCUCUAAUUCCCAUCCGGCCACGCACUAUACAACCACACAAAGAGCUCACGCACACACCAGCGGCGCCGACCGACGGAUGCACACAUCCAUACAGACAGGCUCUCAUCCGUCCAUCUGUCCGGCCAUCCAUCCAUCCCUAUCUGUCAGUCAGUCAUCGCUUCCUGGGCGACUCGUUGCCCCUCAUCGUCACAAGGAAGAACACACUCGGGUCACGGUGCACUCGCUCAAGCGCCUCCUCCAAAGGCAGCCCGUCACCCAUGUAGUUCUCAACUAUCACACGCUGCCGCGGCGCCAAUCGCAGAGGCGACUGCCCGCGAUGCCGACCGCCCGUCUCCCUCUCCCUGCCAGCAGCAGCUGUUGCUGCCGGUGCGGGCGACUUGGCUCGUAGGGUGGGCGGGUCGCGUGGGAUUGAUGCGGGUCGUGUGCCGGUGGGGAUGAAGAUCGGGCGAGGGCGGCUGCCCGCACCCUUGCUGCGGGGGCGCGGACGGGAUGUGGAUCGUGAUCGGGGCUUGAUGGGUCGCUUGGGGGGGCGGGAGGGGUGCUGGGGAUGGGUUGUGACCACGAUGCGACGGCUGCCGGCCAGCUCGGCACAACUAGCGAAAAGACAGACACACACAGAGAGUGUGUUGGCGAGAAGGGACAUGACACCAGCCUGUCGUUGGUGCAUGUGUGGCUUCCUGAAGAAGCGAGACCAUGGGUAUCUUUCGGUUUCGGCGAGGAAGCGCUUCUCGAUCAUGGCCUCCUCGUCGCCACACACAUCACGCUCAAACGGCAGAGACGAUCUCCACAAUCCUGCCAUCCACACACACACACACAUCAGAGCCGUGCGGUCAUCCCCAACACAGUGCAAGGCACCUGGUGGAGGGUGUCGGAUCCUCGGGUGCACAUCGGCGCCAAUGGCCGCCGGGCUGGCGGCCCCCCUCACCCGCACCUGCACCCCCACAUUCCUGCUCUCCUUCAUCCUCCCGCUCUCCUCACGCAGUGACCGCAUAGUCAUGGGCCCUGACCCGCCAUCAGGCAGUCGGGCUGACGGAUACCGGGCUGACGCAAUCUGCCGAUCCGUAUCGAGGGCCACGCCCCGCAAGGCCGAAUAAGGCGAUGGGGCCCUCCUUGCAACUGGCUGCUUGGGCUCGUGUGGGGGUGACAGCCGCGGCUCUCGUGUGUCCUUGCCCCUGUCCUUGGCGGCCUCUCUGCCGCGCGCCCUCUUGUCCUUGAUUGCCAGGUGUGGCGUCGAGGGAGGUGGCAGAGUGGGCGAUUCUAUCGUUAGGGGGCGGUGGAAGUGGGCCCUGGGUGCAGCGAUGAGGGGGCUGGGGGACGGCUGUGUUGACGGCAGACGGGGGCUGAUGGUGCCGUCCAGACGGAGGUAGGGAGGCGAGAGGCCGGGGGGUGUCAGACGCCGCUCGGUGGUUGUCAGCCUGUGGGGCUCGCGGCCUUGCCCUGACACAACAAAAGGACAACCACUGGGUCAUGUGUCCGCUGUGUGUGACGAUCCCCCUCUUUCUCUCACAUCGGUGGUAUGCGGCCUCGUCAAGUCGCAGCGGCUCCCUGCCUUCACGCCGCAUGGGCAUGGCCAGCGCCUCACCGCCACCGAGCGCAUCCCCAUCAGGCCUGAGCAACAGGAACGGGACGAACGAAGCACGAAGUCACGAAGUCACGAGCCAGCAUCCUUGACCAGUACCUCAUUGGACGGUCCAGCUCGUGAAAGCGACGCGUUAUGACAGGGGACUCCGCGGGGCGCGAUCGCGGCUCCUCAACGUCAGAUACAUCAGCUGCAGUAGAAACCAAUGACACACAUGAGAGAACGACAUCCUUUCAGGUGUUCUGCGUGCAUCGGGCGCCCCGAGUGCAUCGGGGGCGUACGUUUGGCUUUUCUGGGUGGGGGGCUGGAUGGCCCAGAUGACGGGGGAACGGGAACGCGCCCAUUGGCAUGGGCAUGUGUCGCAUCACCACCCCUGCACUCCUUCUCUCGAUCCCUUUGUGGGCUCUGGACUGCCGGGGGGCUGUAAGGGCUCUGCGCCAUCGCACGCUGGCGACCCUCCUGAACCAAGCAGACGGACGACAGAGAGGUCGUUAAUCGCCUCAAGAGGAAUGAGAGGCCCUUUCGUUCGCACCUGAAUCAGAAUCUCGUGAAGACUCAUGGAUGGUUGUGGCUGCCUCGGCUCAGACUGGGGUGGCGACAGCAGCUCGUCCACCACACGAUCAUCCGCUGUAAGUCGGCCCGCCUGGGGCGUGAAGUAGAUGCUCUGUGCGACGCUGUCUGCCGGGGGGGCGGGCUGGGCGAAUGGCGGAGGCGGAAGCACAUGAAGGGCGGGCUGCGGCGGGGCGGCCGUAGGGGUCUCCGGGGAGACAUCGGAAACCUGUCAGUGGACACAACUAGGAGUGAGCGGAUGGACUUGGAUGUUUUCCUCUCCUGCCUGACCUGUUUCUCCGCCGAUGUGUCUUCAUUGCUGGCCUCGCCAUCAUCCCUGGACUCAUCCUCUCUGCCGCCUUCCACGCCAGGCGACAAGCCAGUCUCCCGACUGCCACUCUCCCAAUGCUGGGGCGACCCCAGCGAUGAGGACGAUAUGCUCGCCUCCUUGCCCGCCGCAGCAGUCGGCUGCUUGCCGUUGUUGCCGCCAUUGGCCUGGAGCAUGUAGACGGUGCAGAUCUGUGGCGGGGUAGGGCCCAUCUUGGUCAGCAGCGUCGGGUGGUGCGUCACACAGGCAGCCUUUUUCUUGCGCGAGGGUGUAAGGGAGAGGUCAUCCUCGUCGAUGUGGAAGUAGUCCGCUGCAGGGGGGAAGGGCGGGGGUGUCGAGGGCUGGAAGGCAUAGUAGAUCGAGUUGGUAUACCCUCCACCCGGGGCGGGGGCGACCGGCGUCGAAUCGCCAGGCUGCCGUCGAGACGAGCUCGGUGGCAGCCCCAGCCUCUCCCGCACCGCUUGGAACGGUGUCUGCCACGGACCAUGGCCGCUGUCCGGCGCUGGAGGGAAAUCCAUUGGCUCGAAGUACUCGCGCGGUGGGGGGUAUGGGCGUCUCGGCAACAGGCCGGGUGACGACGCUCUUGCAGCCGGGAGCGGGGGUGGGAUGACCUGAGGCCGAUCAGAGCGCCGCGGGCUGGGGAGUGAGCUGUGUGAACUCUGGACAUCGACAUUGACCUCCGUGUCGUAGUGUGCCGGGGGCGAUGGGGAGCGGACAGAAACAGAAGUGACGGUCUCGCCCGGCUGGCCGUAUGCAAAUGUCUCCACCUCGACUGACGUGGGGGGGCCUUCGUAGCCCUCAUAACUCGCCCAAUGGGGAGGGAUGACACCUGGCCCCAUCGCCUCUUCCUCGUGCUCUCGCAAGCGGCGGUCAGCCGGCCGUGGUGGGUACGAGUAUGGCGGCGAGUCGCUUGGGAAGGGCGGGACGGCGUGGGAUGCCUGUCGGGCCGUCGGCUGGCGCGACGAGCUGCGGCUGCUGCUGUUGGCAAUCAGGCGGUUGAGGUCCGCCUUGAGCUCUGCAAGACGCUCGGAGAAGGACGCGCUGCGGUGAUGGGGAUGGGGGCGCGAAAGAGCCUGGCCCCCACCCCCUCUGGCUGCGAUCUCGCUCAUCUGCCGGCCCAGCUCCUCCCGCAGCUCCCUGAUCGACCGGCGCAUGGCCAUCGGCUCUGUGUGGCCCCUGCGGAAUGCAAAGUCCUCCUCCAGCGGCAGCUCGUCACGCGGAUGCCGCAUCAUGGGCUUAGGCACAUGGCCGAUGUCCACGCCGCCCCGUCCCCUCUCCUCCUCUGCCCCUUCCUCCUGAGGAGGCGGGUACUCAAGAUCCGGGGCCCUCUCGUCGUCAGAGAUCCUCCGCACCUCCACGCCACGCAUUCUGUCGACAUCGCGAUCUGAAGCAGGAGGAAGAGAAGGCCGCUCUCUUGUCGGUGAAGGGGUCGUGAGGUCCUGCAACGAUGGAAAGCGGUCGGGCGGAGGCGCCUUGGGAGCUGUCUUCUUGGGAGGGGCGGUGGCCUUGGUCUUGGCGACGGGCGGUGGUGGCUGGGCGGUCUUGGUUGGAGCCGUCUUGGCCAAUGGCGGUGCUGGUGCUGGUGCAGCUUUGGGCGCCUCUUUCACCUUUAGUACUGGUGAGGGCUUCUUGGCCUCCUUCGGCUGACGAGUGGCCGUGGGGGUCGAGUCUCGGAUGGGCGACGGCUGCUCGAGCGGCGCCAUGUCAGCCUCAUCGGCGCCUCCCUUUCUGGCCACCCUGUCCCUUUUGCCGCCUCCAGUCCCAUCCGCCGAUACGGCACGUCGUAGCGACGCCGCUGCUGAUGCCGUCAUGGCCGCCUUCCUCCCGCCCAUGGUCGUCUGCCGCGAGAAGGCGUCACGAUAAGACGCGUAGCCCAACACACGUGAGGGUGAGGGGCCGGGGACCUUCUUCCCUCCUCCUCCUCCUCCCGUCGUGUCCUUCGCCAUGGGGUGCGCGGACGGUGCUCGGUUCUUGGGCGAGUCGGUGGUCUUCUUCUUGAGCAUAGGAUCUGGCGCGGCCUUGGUGUCCGAGACGAUUGACUGCUCGUCGGUCGCCUGACGGUCGGCGAAUGAGGGUGGCGGCAGCUUGAGGGAUGCCUUGGCGUCGGGUGGUGGUGCGCUGGAUGGUUGGAACUGCGAUUCGGGGUCCAUGCCGCGGCAGGGAGAGAUGCCUGCAGAAAGAGACAAAGGAGGGAGGCAACAGGUGCACAUCACAUCACACAUGUCAGUGUGUGUAGCCAUCCGAUGCUCACCGAAUGUGGGUGGCGCCUUGUCUGUGUCUUUGCCCGUGUCGGGGGUCAGGCCCUCCGCCCUCGGAGCGUAGUGCUCGCCCGCCUUGGUGUGGCCCUUCUGCCACGCCAGCCCGCCCUUUCCGACCCUCUCCGCCUCUCCACCCAUGGGGGUUGUCUCUGCACCCAUGGGCGUGGUCGCCGUCAGCAGCGUCUGCGCGCCCAUGGUCUCCUCUUCUUCACCCUCGUAUCUCUCACUCUCUCCUCCGUCCGCCUCCUGCUGCUGCUCCUGCUGCUGCUGCUGCUGCUGCGUGCGUGGAGCUUUCUCUGGCAGCACGGAUGGCACCGUUGGGGCGAUGGUGGUGGUCUUGGGCUCCGCACGCUCAAUGGGGCGUGUGUGUGCGUCAAGUGGGCCGCCUGGGAAGUCGACCGAUGUGGGCAGGGUGGUCUGGGGAGGGGAGGGCGGCAGCAGCAGCUGCUCUGUCGUCCCCUCCAGCCUGUGUCGGGCGGCCGCCAGGUCGUGAAGCUUCUCCAGGUCAGCCCCGCUGAUGAGCGUCAGCUGCUGAUCUCUAUCUCUCGUCGCAAACACGUGUCUCGUGCCGGCCUUCUCCCUCUUGAUGCGCUUGAGGGUCUCCCCUCUGGCGGCGGGAUAUCUGAGCUCACUGAGGCUGAGCCGGUCCAGCACGGGCGUGGGCAGCUCCAUCAGCUGGGGAAAGGUCAGCGUCAGGGCCGAGAGGUCGACCAGGAGGCUGUCUGCGACCGGUGCAGCUGCUGUUGCUGCUGCCGUUGCUGGUGUGGUGGGUGGGGUGUGUGGCGGCAGAUACGAGAGGGGGGUGCGCUUGAUGAGGGUGAUUGCUGGCAUGGGGGUGGCGGGGAGCGGUGGCCGCCGCCAGGACGGCUGGUGGGUCAGCAGGGGGGAGGUGUCAAUCCUGAUAAAUCCACAGACCGACAGGACGGAUGCAUUUGGGGGCGCGAGUGAAUGUGGUGCACUGCAGUGGACUGUUUGUCAUUCACCUGAGCAGUUCCACUCUGUGUUUCUCCAAUGCGAGCAGCUGCUGCCGCUGGUCGUCCAAGAUCUCAUACAACGCCUGAUGGAUGGACACAAAGCAGCACACACACACACACACACGUCCUCAUUCCCAUGUGCAUAGAAGCCACAACUCUCACCCACCCGCAUGAAGGCCCUCUCGCUAGGGAAUAUGGGCAUGAAGGCCACCGCACACGCCGCCCCCGUCACCGUCCCCGCCGGCAGCUGCACCUCCUUCUCCACACCGGCAUACAGCUCAUAGUGCCAUCGCCAGUAGGGAAACAGCCCCGCCAGCACGUCUCCCGUGCGGACCACCCUAUCGCCCUUGGCCGCUUGCGGGGGCACGUUGAGCGUGGGUGAGGGGAGGGGGUAGGGGAGGUGGUGUGGCGGUGCGGGGUUGGGCGUGAUGGCCUGGGCGUAUCUGCGGCGAUAGCCCUCGGGCAGACGGGAGAGAAGAUGCGUCCGGAGGUGACGCUUGACGGCGAGCAGCUCGCUGAUAGAUAGACAGGAGGCCAGGAACAUACAGCCGAUGUCUCCUGCAUGUAUCUCUGUGAGGGUUUGGUGAGGAUGGUGGUACCCACCUGAUUGUGACGGCGAAUGGGUUGAGUUGCAGGCCGAAAUGCGGCGCGAUGGGGAGGUCCAAUGAAGGCACACGAGACCCGUGACUGCCUGUCAGACUUGCGUCGUCCCAGGGAAAGUCGGCUGAUAACAUUCACACACACAGAGAGAGAGAGGGGGUGAAUGCGGACGCAUUUCUCCCAUUGGGUCACUGCCUCACUCACUGCGCCACUCACUGACCGGCCUGGCAGCAUAUCCACCUGAGUAGUGUCCACGGGCGUAUGGCCUUGUCCUGCCGCAGAUUCGGCACACACGGCAGAUGAACCGCACGACCCAACUCACUACACAACACAACACAACACACACACAGCGGACAGACGCACCCCUGAAUGCCUGCCUGCACUCGUUGCAUCCCUUGGCUGGCUCUCACCGACCGUUGCUGCCUCAUGAGCUCCUCCUCCACAGUGGGGGGCUCACAGUCAUGCGAUCGGAAGACACUGAAGCCGCUAUGUGCCGCCUCGUAGAGCUCCCGCUUGAGUGCCAGCCGAUGACAGGCACUGGCCAAGCGCUCAAGGCGCCGCUGCUGGAGCGCGGCGAAGGGCACAAUGAGGGAGCCCAGGGCAGACGCAUCCUGGGGGGGACACACAGAAGGGGAUGGGUGGGGGGAUGGGAUGGGUGCGUCAGUCGGUUGGGUGGUCCAUUCCAUAGGUCUCAUCUCAUGUCAUCUCACCCUGACGUCUUCUCUCUCUUCGUUGGUGACGGUGAAGCCAUCCAGCUCCUUCAGGCUCGGAAACAAUGUCAGUAUACGCAACUGAGUCAACGCACAAGAACAACGAGAGAGGGCCCCGCAUCCAUCCAUCCAUCCGGAAUGCACCGCAAUGCAAUGCGCCUGCCCACCUGACUCACCUUAUAGUCCGGGAAAUUAGCGAUAGGGUUGCCGAUGAGGCUGAUGUACUCGAGCUUCAGCCGGUUGGGGAUGCAGUCGAGCUGCCGGGCGUCGGUGAUAAGGUUGUGCGAUAAAGCCAGCUUCUUGAGGCUCCUGAACUGGGAGAGCCCCUGCAGGCUGGAUAUCUGGUUCUGGCUGAGCUGCAGCCGGGUGCAGUUGGUGAAGGACAGGGGGACGGGGUCGAUGACGGAGAUGUCGCACCCGUUGAGGGCUAUCUUCUCAGGCGUGCACGCCGCACAACGCUCAAGCGCCUCACUCAACUGAUUGAUCAAUGGCAAGGAGAGCAGAGCAGAGCAGAUGAGACGAAGAGAGGAGGACAAUGGGAUGGGUGCAUCGGCAUUCAUUCAUUGAGGCGCUGCGGGUCUCUCUCUGUGCCUUCUCACCUUCAUGGGGGAUGAAUGCGGCUUCCCUGUAUCAGCAGCCGUCUACGUCACACCAUUUGUCCCGAAUCGUUUUCUUUCCGCUUCAGCUACGGCGAGGCGCUCGGCUCCUCGAUGAUGGCACAAAAUGCCUUCGCUUCCC